ACGUCUCAAAUGUCAAAAUACGUCCGGACUUUGCGUAUGAAGUUACCAGCAAAAACACUGCAUUUAAAAAAAUAUUAACGUUAAGUGACGUCACUUACACCGAAAGACGAUUGACCCACUGUUUUUGCCGUAGAAUUGUCCGCUUCCGCAAGCCUUUGCUUUGUCAUAUUUGGCUGCCGAAGGGACGGGACAAAGAGCGACGGUGACGAAGUUAAAAUCGACUAGUGAAGAGCAUCGCCAUGUUCAAAAGGUUGGUGAGGGAGCGACUCAUGGCGGUUGCUGACGAAAUCAUCCUGAUGUUUGAGAGAACGAUUGCAUCGUACGAGGAAGAAAUAUCUCGCACCAAAGAGGAGAACGAGCGACAACGACGCCGACUGGAAGCUGUUAGCAAGAUGCCGAGUGUGCUACACAUUGACGACGUCCCGCAGCUAAUCGGUCGUCAAAAAGAACGUCCUUCUCAGCCGCAGGUGUGGAACUCCACUUCCAAACAGGAGGAUCCACAGCCCCCCCACGUUAAAGAGGAGGAGGAGGAACUGUGGAUCACUCACGAGGGAAACCCAGAGGAGGAUGAAUUUGCAAAGUUGCCCUUGACCGUAGUCUCUGUAAAGAUUGAACACGAAGACAAAGCACAAGCAGACGACCUCUUGGCUCCACUGUCAGAUAGUGAGGCUGAAGGCAGAGUUAAGGAACCUCUGAGGAGCCAUCCAGACUUUGUGGGGGACAUGAGCACUCGCACUGACCACAAACAAGCUGGAUGCGCUAAUAUGGAGGCAGGUAAAGAACGUUUUAUCUGCUCUAUUUGCGGCGAAACCCUUUCUUUCAGGAGCGCUUUGACCCGACACAUGCGGACACACAGAGGAGAAAAGCCCUUCAGUUGCUCGGUUUGUGCCAAAACCUUUGCUCGGAAGGACAUUUUGAUCGAACACCGAAAAACACACAGUGGAGAAAAAGCCUUUAGCUGCUCGGUCUGUGGGGACAGAUUUGCCCACAAGACCACGUUGAACCGACACAUGAGAACACACACGGGGGAAAAGCCUUUUCGCUGCUCAUUUUGCGGUAAACGCUUCUCUCAAAAGAUCCACAUGGUAGCGCACGUGGCGACGCACACGGGACAAAAACCUUUCGCUUGUUCUGUGUGCGGCAAAAGCUAUUCGCUCAAGUCCAAAAUGAUUGCGCACAAGAGAACACACGGGCUCAGAAAACCCUUCCGGUGUUCGAUUUGUGGGGAUAAAUUCACACACCGCUUCUCGCUGAAUUUGCACGUGGAAACGCACAAAGAAGACAAACACUUUGUUUGCGCCGUCUGCGGCAAAUCGUUUUCUCUAAAGAAAAUUCUGAUCGGUCACAUGAGGACGCACACAGGAGAAAAACCCUUUAGCUGCUCGUUUUGCGACAGAGCCUUUUCGUUGAAGAAGAUUUUGACCGUCCACAUGAGAACUCACACGGGAGAGAAACCCUUCAGCUGUUCAUUUUGCGCCAAAGGUUUUACUCAAAAGGCACACAUGCUGUCACACAUGAGGACGCAUACGGGAGAAAAACCUUUCAGUUGCGCUAUUUGCGGGGAUACGUUUUCUCAGACGUCCACUUUGAAUAGACACAUGCGAACACACACGGGGGAAAAACCUUUCCGGUGUUUGGUUUGUGGCGAAAGCUAUUCUCAGAAGAGGAGUUUGACGGCACACAUGCGAACACACGGCGGCGGGGAAUAAAAUGGUUGGACUGAAUACGAAUGGUGGAUUUCAACCUUCACCUUUUUUCUUUAAAGGGGAACAUUAUCACCAGACUUAUGUAAGCGUCAAUAUAUAUCUUGAUGUUGCAGAAAAAAGACCAUAUAUUUUUUUAACCGAUUUCCGAACUAUAAAUGGGUGUAUUUUGGCGAAUUAAACGCCUUUCUAUUUAUCGCUCUCGGAGCGAUGACAUCAGAACGUGACGUCACCUAGGUAAUAAACAGCCAUUUUCUCAAACACAUUACAAACACCGCGACUCAGCUCUGUUAUUUUCCGUUUUUUCGACUAUUUUCUGGAAUUUUGGAGACAUCAUGCCUCGUCGGUGUGUUGUCGGAGGGUGUAACAACACUAACAGGGAGGGAUUCAAGUUGCACCACUGGCCCAAAGAUGCAAAAGUGGCAAGAAAUUGGACGAAAUUUGUUCAAAAUACGAGAGUGUGGGGAAAGCCAACGAAAUGGUCAGUCGUUUGUUCCGCACACUUUACCGACGAAAGCUAUGCUACUACAGAGAUGGCAAGAUUGUGUGGAUAUUCUGCGACACUCAAAGCAGAUGCAUUUCCAACGAUAAAGUCAAAGAAAUCUGCCGCCAGACCACCAUCGAAUGUGCCGGAGUGUCUGCACAUUUUACCGGCAGUGCUAAGGUAGACAUGGCACAGAGAUGUAUGGAUAACCUGCAGAUGCAUUUCCAACGAUAAAGUCAACUAAAUCACAAAAUUGAGUUUUGUUGAUGUUGUUGACUUAUGUGCUAAUCAGACAUAUUUGGUCACGGCAUGACUGCCAGCUAAUCGAUGCUAACAUGCUAUUUAGGCUAGGUGUAUGUACAUUUGAAACUAUAUUUACAUCCAGCGUUUCCCUCCACCCACAUUUAAUGCCAAACAAACACUUACCAAUCGAUGGAUUUAAGUUGAUCAAGUGCCACGAUAUGCGAAAGUCCCGAGCGUUGGUCUGCACAUUUUACCGGCGAUGCUAAGGCUAACAUGGUCGAAUAGCGUCAAUAGCUAUUCGCUCAAUAGCUUCAGUUUCUUCUUCUUCAAUUUCGUUUUCGCUCUCUGCCUCCAUACUCCAACCAUCCGUUUCAAUACAUGCGUAAUCUGUUGAAUCGCUUAAGGCGCUGAAAUCCAAGUCUGAAUCCGAGCUAAUGUCGCUAUAUCUUGCUGUGCUAUCCGCAUUGGCAUCACUGGAUGAUGUCACAGGAAAAUGGACGAUGGCUUCACAGAUAGCAAAAAUCAGGCACUCUAAAGCUUUUUUUAGGGAUAUUCCGGGGUGGGUAAAAAUAAAAAUAAAACUUCAAAAAUAAAAUAAGCCACUGGGAACUGAUUUUUAUUGAUUUUAACCCUUUGGAAAUUGUGAUAAUGUUCCCCUUUAAGAAUACAGAACUGUACGUAAAUAUUUAAAAGCACACUUGAUAGCAAUCUUGAAACAAUGUAUUGGAAAAUGUAUUUGUACAUUACUUCUUUGAUGUAACAAUGAAUAUUGCCAAUAAAACUGAUAAUAUUGAACAAAUGUGUGUUGUU